UAAUAUAUAUUUUGCUUCUUGGGUGCGCGCCUCUUAGUUUUAACUUGCUUUGACUUAAUUUGGCGGGAGGGUGCUCGAAGUAGUCGAUUUUUUUUUCCUAACAGUGCGUGAUCCUAAGGCAGUUUAUUAAUUUAGGAAACUUGUUUUUAUUCAAAGGACUUAGAUAACAAAGAAAGAAUGGGUAGCAUUCCACAACUGUCUAUCAUAAAAGGACCUACAAGACAACUGACACCAAAUCUAUUGCAUAAACUUUUCGAAAAUGUUGCCACGGGACUUGCAGCAAACCGUAUCGCUCUUAUAUUCAAUGAAAAUGGCCAACUGAGACAGCACACCUACGCCGAAUUGGAUAAGAUAACAAACAAGAUAGCUAAGACCAUCCAGCAGUCAAUUGUUUCCCACAGCCUACCACGAAACGCGGAUGGAGACUACAUUGUGGCAGUGAACAUGCAACCCAGCGAUCACCUUGUGAUUACUCUUCUAGCAAUCUGGAAAGCUGGGGCAGCCUAUUUGCCUUUGGACAAUGCAUUUCCUGGGGCCCGAAUAGAACACAUAGUGAGGGAGGCGAAACCUGCUAUUAUCAUUUAUGAUCAGGAUUCCGAUUAUUAUAUGAACACUUUCAAGAUGUGUUUUGAAGAGCUUGUAAGCCAAAGUAACGAUCAACCGAUCGACGCCUUGAAGAAAGAAGAGAGAGUCCGACACAUAAAGGACGAUCUUGCCAUAGUUUUGUAUACUUCAGGAAGUACAGGAGUUCCAAAAGGAGUUCGUCUACCACACAAAGUAAUCCUGAAUCGUCUCCACUGGCAGUUUAAAAGAUUUCCGUACAGCGACACGGAAAAGGUGUGCGUUUUCAAAACUGCCCUCACCUUCGUAGACAGCGUUUCGGAGAUCUGGGGACCCCUCAUCAACGGAUUGUCUCUUAUCGUGGUACCCAAAGCGCUCACUAAGGAUCCUGAGAAACUUAUAGGUCUUUUAGACGAAUACAAGAUUGAGCGGCUAGUAUUGGUUCCAUCGCUACUGAAAUCACUACUGAUAUUUUUAGAGAUACGGAAGAAUAAAAUGGCACUUAGGAACCUUAAAUUGUGGGUUUGCUCAGGAGAAACGUUGCCGGUUUCUCUGGCUGAAGAAUUUUUCAAAUAUUUCCCCGAAAACCAGCACCUACUGUGUAACUUUUAUGGGAGCACGGAAAUUAUGGGUGAUGUUACCUUUCACGUCGUAUCCGGUCUUCAGCAAUUGAAACACCAAAGUAGAGUUCCGAUCGGCCUCCCCGUGGACAACACGAUUAUCUACCUUUUGGACGGUGAGUUCCGGCCUGCCAAAGCUGGAGUUGUGGGCGAGCUCUUCGUCUCUGGACUCAAUUUGGCCGCCGGUUAUGUCAACGGCAGAGACCCCGAAAAAUUCUUAGACAACCCCCUAGCCAUCGAUCCUACUUACGCCAAACUCUAUAGGACCGGAGACUUCGCGCGCGUGGAGAAAGGAGUCCUGGUAUACGAAGGACGCACCGAUUCCCAAGUGAAGGUACGCGGCCACAGGGUGGACUUGGCCGAGGUCGAGAAGGCGGUAAACUCUCUGGAAGAGGUGGACAAGGGAAUCGUUCUCUGCUACAAACCAGGCGAAUUGAACCAAACCCUCUUAGCUUUUGUGACGUCCCAGUCGCUCAUGAGUGAACAACAAAUAGAGGCAGCUCUCAAAGAAAAACUAACAAAUUAUAUGGUUCCGCAGGUCAUACUCAUCGAAAACAUUCCUUUGCUUGUCAAUGGGAAAAUAGACAGACAAACUUUGCUAAAAAGUUACGAAAGUACAAAUAACAACGAUGAUUGCAGUCCUGAAGUGGAAAUCAACUUUCAAGGAGUUAACUGUGACCAAAUGGAAGCAGCGAAAAUACUUUUUGAAACGGUAGCUUCAGUUUUAAAUAGAGCCGCUAGAGCUGCCAUAUCUAUUAACGCUAACUUUUACGAGAUAGGCGGAAAUUCUCUCAACUCAAUCUACACCAUUUCCAGAUUAUGUGACAGUGGAUACCACAUAAAUAUUGGGGACUUUAUUGCCGCUAUGGAUUUAGGUGAAAUAUUGCUACGAAUGACGUCCGAUACAAAAAUUAAAACGCAACCCCCCAGCUUUUCUUCUGAACUCCUGCAGCCUGGAUAUAAAGACAUUGUGUUGGACAUGAUCACAACAAGCUUCUAUCAAAAGGCGGACCUUGAACAAUGGAUCAUCUCCUAUAUUUCCGAAUCGGAUUACAAGGAACUUGUAGAUGCCCUAUGGGAGCCGUUGUUGGAUAAGAAUCUGAGUUUCAUCAUAAAAUCGGAGACGGGAAAAAUCGUGGGGGUCGCACUAAAUUUCGACGCACACGACGAACCAGAAGUAGAGAUAAAAUCAAAGUUGACUGUGAUAUUUGAAUUUUUGGAAAGCAUAGAAGGCCCCGUCAGGGAUGGUCGGUUACCUUCAGGGAAAGGUCAAGUGCUACACUCUUUCAUGAUGGCCACACAUUCAUCCCUCUCUCCCAAAGAAAAUGUAGCCGUGAUGCAAUUCAUGGAAGACGAAGUGUUAAAUCUUGCGAGAAGCAGGAAUUUCGCUGGGAUAUUUACCACAAAUACGAGUCCUCUUACCCAGCAACUAGGGACAGACGUGUACAAAUACCAAACGAUGCUGGACUAUCAAGUUAAUGAAUAUGUAGCCAGUGACAACACAAAACCUUUCGGCUUAGCACCUGAUGACCAAAGAGCCAUAGUACAAUGGAAACCUAUCGGAUAAUUCUCUUCAGCAUCACAAAAAUGUAUACGGUUUAUUUAUUUAUUUAUACGUACAUAUAUUUUGUUUAUUCAUAUUUAGAUAAUAUACUGGAUGUAAUAUAUUUUUAGUACAUCUCUUCUGUAUGCAAUUAUCUACC